AUGUCCCCCAAACCCUCAGCGGGCAUGCUCGCUCUGGCAGCAAUGACCCUGGUCAGCGGCACAACCGCCUCCCUGGAAGCCUGCGGGACCGACACCGCGUACAGCUGCGUGAGCUCCUCGACAACCCCCACCUGCUGCUUCAACUAUCCAGGCGGCGCCCUCCUAUUGACUCAAUUCUGGGACACCAGCCCAUCAACUGGACCCGACGACUCAUGGACCAUCCACGGUCUGUGGCCUGACAACUGCGACGGCACAUACGAGUCAAGCUGCGACUCGUCGCGGUCGUACAGCAACAUCACAGCGAUCCUGCAGGCGCAAGGCCGCAGUCAGCUCGUCGACUACAUGGACGAGUACUGGGUGGAUAUCGACGGGGACAACCAGUCAUUCUGGGCGCACGAGUGGAACAAGCACGGUACUUGUAUCAACACUAUCGAGCCGAGCUGCUAUUCCGGCUACUCGGCGCAGGAAGAAGUGGGUGAUUACUUUGAGAAGGUGGUUGAUUUGUUCCAGGGACUGGAUACAUACCAGGCUCUUGCCGAUGCUGGCAUUACCCCCAGUAACUCCGUUACCUACACUUCCAAGGAGAUUCAGGCUGCCCUUACGAAGAUGCACGGCGCGGAGGUUUACCUCGGCUGCUCGAGUGGCAAGUUGAACCAGGUUUGGUAUUUCUAUAACGUCCAGGGCAAUGCUGUUGAUGGGACGUACAAGGCUGCUGCUUCGCUUGCCAACUCCGGUUGCUCUAGCAGUGGCAUCAAGUAUGUGCCCAAGUAA